AAUAAUUAUUGCAAUUGAGCGUAUGUCUAUCUUCUAGUAUAAUUCAAUUGUACAUAUAUUCGUAUUUCUUUAAACGUACACUUAUCAUCACGUAAACAAACAUUAUAUGUGACGCAACCCGCCAAAUGGUACUAGCCAACCAAAUACUUAUAUAUACUUGUAUUUACAUGUAUACGUUGACGACGAAGUGCAUGAAGUGUAUUGCGUCACAAAUGGCUUCUGCCAACAGUGAGACGUUAAUGAAUGUCGUCUGCUCGUUUUGACAGUUAUGCUUUUUAAUUAGCUAAGCAAUAUCAUUUUUCUAACUGGUCAUUGGACAUUUUUUUCAAAUAUUGACAAUUUCUCUUUCAAACAUAUUUGGUGCGAGUUACUUGGUUAAGAAAAUAUGGAGUUUUAUAGAAAAUAUCGUAAUGUGGUAAUAUUAUCGUCUGCUUAAUUGACAGCUGCGCAAGUUCAGAAAUCAGCGCCGAAGCGGUGAAGAGAUACAGUAUUUGGAUUUGUGGCAGUUUUGUUGAAAAUAAGAAUGAUUUGUCAAUAAAAUGAUGAUUACGACAAAGUCGAUACUGAAUUUUUAAAAAUACGACAUACAUGUCACACGUUUUAUUUAAUUUUUCACUUAAACAUGGAGGCGGAAGUUAGAGUUGUUCGUCGUUCUUCAAUUACUUUCAAUCACAAUGCAGUUUGUUAUGGAUUUUAACGUGAAUGACGUGUCAAUGCAUAGUCAAUUGGAUUAAUUACAUGGUGUUCAAAACAUAAAAAACAUAAAAUCACAAAUACCAUGGAGCAAUGUGAAGAAACUAAUGUAUCUAAUGCAACAAAUGCUAAGGCAGACAUUUCUCCUAAAUCGAAACAAAAGAAAAAGUCUCUUUGCCGUAUGCUUAUGAAUAAAAAGACAAAAGUCGGAUGUUUAGAAACAUCUUAUAAGGAUGGUGAUUCAAAUAAAAAUUCUAAACUAGAAAAUUCCCAACAUGGAUCUCACACUAGUACAAAACUUUCAUUAUGCUGUGCAAUGACUGAACGCAGCAGAACACCGCCACAAAGUUUGACUGUCAGUAGAUUAUCUCCAACUACAUUAAGCCAUACAUCUGUUAAAUCUGAAGUAGCUUCUGCUAAUGGAAAUUGUCAGACAGAUGUAAUGAUAGAAAAAGAAGAAAUGUAUAUAGCAAGCACGCAUAAUGUCCAAGAAACUGUAGAAAAGAAUAGUGUUUUUAUGGGCAAAGAGCGACAAAGUACAUUUACUGAAGAGUCAACAGAAGAUUCAUUUGAGGAAUCGUCAGAAGAUGAAAAUGAUCUUUUAAUUGAUUAUGAAAGAAAUGAAAAAUGUUUAAAGGAUGAAUAUUUUACAAAAGGAAAAUAUAUCACUUAUUUCUUCUUGGAAAUGGAACGGAUGUUCUACAAUCCUUCUGAUGUUUACAGUAUGGUUCAAUACUAUGAAUCUAACAAUACUGAAAAACCAGGAAAAAAAGGUGAAAAUUCAUCCUCUGGAUCUGUUUCCCCAAGUGUUCCUACAUAUUUAAGACAAAAACUAAUUCAUAGACGAUCUGUGGAUAAUUUAGUAGGGAAUUCACCAACAAAUUCUAUGAGACAUUCAAGUCCAGAAUCUAUAAAAAGUGCACCUGUUCAGCUUAAACCACGUUCUACAUCUCAUGAUGCAUUGUCCAAAAAAAAAGAGCGUCAUCAAUCUCAAACAACUGGAACAUCUAUGGAUAGUUUAGCAAAACAAGCAUUAUUAGCUGCACAAGUUCUUAAUCUGAUUCCUACACAAAAAGCACGAGAAAGAAAUUUUCUUCACGGAAGGAUUGCUGCAAAUUCACUACUUGGACCAGUAGAACUUGAAAAAGUAUUACCAAAUCGUGAAUUAAAAAUUUUUAUUGGUACAUGGAAUAUGAAUGGACAGAAUCCACCAAAAGAGCUAAAUGAUUUUAUGUUACCGUCAGAUAUAGAAACUGUUCCCGAUUUGUUAGCGAUUGGAACACAAGAAUCAUGCUCUGAGCGAAGUGAGUGGGAGGCAGCUUUACAAGAAACUCUUGGCCCUUCUCAUGUACUUCUUUGUAGUACUGGUUUAGGGACACUACAUCUUGCACUUUUCUUAAGAAGAGAUUUAAUUUGGUUUUGUUCUAUUCAUGAAGAUGCUAGUUUUUCAACUAGAACAGGAACUGCAUUUAGAACAAAAGGAGCAGUAGCUAUAGCUUUAAUGUUAUUUGGCACAAGUUUUCUAUUUGUUACCGCACAUUUAACUGCACAUCAGGAUAAAGUUAAAGAAAGGGUAAAUGAUAUUAAAAGAAUAGUUAGAAAUCUUGAUCUUCCUAAAGAGUUACCUACUAGACAUAAAAGCAAAGAUGUAACUCAAAAUUUUGAUUGUGUAUUUUGGUGUGGUGAUUUAAAUUUUCGGCUGGCUCAACCAAGAGAAGAAGUUAUUCAGUGGGUUACAGAUACAUGCUUUCCACAACAAUUACCUAUAAAUUUACACAAAGAUCAAUUACAAACAAUUCUUAAUGAAGGAGCAGUUUUACGUGGUUUUGAAGAAGCACCAAUUACAUUUCCUCCUACAUAUAAAUAUGAUCCUGGAACUCAAAAUUUUGACUCAAGCAGUAAACAACGCACACCUGCUUAUACUGAUAGAAUUCUCUUUAAAGGGAAAGGACAUACAAGAAGUUAUAUUAGAAGAGUUAGUUAUGAAAAUUCUAAUUCACAUAAAGAUGGAGUCAUAGAAUGUUUGGUUUAUGACUCUGUACCUAGUAUUUGUACUUCAGAUCAUAAACCUGUAUGGGGUGUUUUUAAAACAACCAUAAGGCCUGGUAUUGAUACUAUUCCUCUUGGUGGAGGUUUGUUUAAUCGUGAAAUAUAUCUAGAAGGCAUAAAAAGACGAGCAGCUGCUAUGGAUGAUUCUCAUGGAACUUCAAAAGUAUGUUCAAUUCAAUAAUUAUAGGUAAUAUAAAUUUCAUUGAAAAAAAAAUUUCAUAUUAAAAAAUUUAUAUAACAUGAGCAUUAUUCAUUCUAAUUUUUAAUGCCAAAAUAUGAAAUUAUAGUUAUUGCAAUUCUUACAAUUAAUGUCACUUCUUUUUUGUAUGCUCUAUAUAUAUAACAAAUUUGUAACUAUUCAUAACUUUUUUAUAUGAAUAACAAAUACCAUUUUUUUGUACAGUUUAUAGAAUAUGUUACUGUACAAUGUGCACUUUGUAACAUCUAGUCAAAAUAAAAUAGGUUUCCCAUUCUUGUAACUAGCAAUAUAAAUGCUAGAUAUUGUAGCUAUAUGUGCCAGUUUUAAAAAAUAAAAAAUGGAGAAGAAGAAAAAAAUAAGAGAUGCUCUAUUAUUUUUAAAUUUAAAACAUUUAUAAAAGACAAGUAGUAUUUAGACAGGUUCUUUACAUGUAAAUUUAAUGCUAUUUCAUUAGUUUAUAAAUUUUAUUUCCAGAUUAUCAUAAGAAUAUUCAACAAUAAUCCUUAUUUU